AUGAAGCCGACAACGUUACUCUUCGCCUCGUCGGUGGCUGCGAUCCAGCUAACGAUCGGCGAUUCGAACUCCGUCAAGUCUGCGCUCAAGAAUAUCGCAACUGGCAUGACCUCGUACUAUGAAGGCGACAAGCCUGGCGGUGUCCCAGGUCUGCUUCCUGGUUCCCUAUCGUGUAAUCCUGCCAAUGAUGGCACAUACUGUUGGUGGGAGGCUGGCGCCAUGUGGGGUGCCUUGAUCAACUAUUGGCAAUACACUGGCGACGACUCGUGGAACCCUCAAGUUACUGAAGCAAUGCUCUUCCAGCGCGGACCAGACAACAACUUCAACCCUCCCAACCAGUCCCGAAGCAUGGGUAUCGACGAUCAAGAUUUCUGGGCUUUCACAGCCCUUGACGCCGUUGAAGCCAACUUCCCCGAGUCUAGCGACAAGGACGACCCGUCAUGGCUUGCCCUUGCCCAAGGAACCUUCAAUUUCCAGGCUGAUCACUGGGACCCCAAGACCUGCGGCGGUGGCUUCCGCUGGCAAGUCUUCUCCUUCAACGUCGGCUACAACCUCAAGAACAUGAUCUCCAACGGUGGCAACUUCCAGCUUGCAGCUCGUCUGGGCUACGUCACCGCCAACGAGACAUACCUGGACUGGGCUGAAAUGGUCUGGGAAUGGAUGGAGGCGAGUGUCAUGUUUGAACGUACUAAUGACGGUCUCCUCUACAUCUGGGAUAACACCAACGCCGACAACAACUGCAUCGAUGCCACCAACUAUAUCUGGACCUACAAUUAUGGUACUCUGAUUGCAGGUGCCGCUUACAUGUACAACGCCACCAACGGCAACGCGACUUGGAAGGGCCGUCUCGACGAACUGCUUGACAGUACCUACAAGCUGUUCUUCCCAGCUGAGAAAGGUGGCGACAUCAUGGUUGAAUACCUCUGCGAAGAAAAAUUGAUCUGCAAUCAAGAUCAGAAAUCCUUCAAGGCGUAUCUGGCUCGCUGGCUGGCCGUUACUGCUAUGCUUUAUCCUGAAUCGGCCGCUCAAAUCAAUCCCAAACUAGCAAAGAGCGCGGAAGGUGCUGCUGGACAGUGUGACGGUGGCAGCGGCAGUCAGUGUGGCGCUCAGUGGUAUACCACAACCUUCACCGGACAGACUGGUGUUGGUGAGCAGAUGGCUGCUCUCUCUACCAUCGGUACAACUCUCGCUACGAGUGAUAUGGCGCCCCUCUCACAGAAGAGCGGUGCCACGUCGUCCAGUGAUCCUAACGCCGGUCAAACCAAGAAUGAGGAUCCUACUGAGAAACAGAAGCCCAUCACAACCGGCGACAAAGCCGGCGCCGCCAUUUUAACAAUCAUUGUCUGCGUCGCCAUGGUUGGAAGCAUGAUAUGGAUUGUUCUGGAAUAG